UUUCCACGGCCUGUGGCGUGCCGUUCCGCCGGGUGCUGGCGUCGCACGUGUGGCCAAGUGUAAAGACGCGGGGCUGCGAACUGGGCCUUGGCCUCUCCCGGAUUUCGAGGGGGUAGUCGCCGCGCUUUUUCGGGGUGAGCGCCGCGCGGCCGCAGCAUGCCUCACAGGAAGAAAAAGCCAUUUAUAGAGAAGAAGAAAGCUGUGUCUUUUCAUUUGGUGCACCGGAGCCAACGAGAUCCUUUAGCAGCAGAUGAGACCGCACCCCAGAGAGUUCUGUUGCCCACACAGAAAGUAGAUGAUGAAGAAAGGCGAGCAGAACAGAGGAAGUACGGAGUGUUCUUUGACGAUGACUAUGACUACCUGCAGCACCUGAGGGAGCCAUCUGGACCCUCAGAGCUUAUUCCCUCUGGUGUCUUCAGUGCAUACAACAAGAGAGAUGAAAAAGAAGAAACUGUAAUAAUUCCAAGCACUGGAAUUAAAUUGCCUUCAUCAGUAUUUGCAUCUGAGUUUGAAGAAGAUGUUGGAUUGCUAAAUAAAGCAGCUCCCGUGUCAGGACCUCGAUUGGAUUUUGAUCCUGACAUUGUUGCAGCUCUCGAUGACGAUUUUGACUUCGAUAAUCCAGAUAAUGUGCUUGAAGAUGACUUUAUUCUUCAGGCCAAUAAGCCAACAGGAGAAGAAGAGGGAGCGGUUAUACAGCAAUCUGAGAGUGAAGAUGGCAGUGAGUGGGAAGAUGAGAAGGGAAGAGGCAGUGAUGAUGACAACUAUGACUCCACAAGCCCCUUAUCAGAUGACGAUGAUAUGUCUGUACCUGGAAAGCCUGGAGUUGUAGAAAAUCACUUGUUUUGGGAGGAGGAAACCAAAAGUCGCUUUACAGAGUAUUCUAUUACUUCCUCAGUCAUGAGGAGAAAUGAACAGCUGACCCUACAUGAUGAGAGGUUUGAGAAGUUUUAUGAACAAUAUGAUGAUGAUGAAAUUGGAGCUCUGGAUAAUGCCGAAUUGGAAGGUUCCAUUCAAGUAGACAGCAAUCGUUUACAGGAAGUUUUGAGUGACUAUUACAAGGAGAAGGCAGAAAAUUGUGUAAAGUUGAAUACUCUUGAACCCUUUGAAGAUCAAGAUCUGCCAAUGAAUGAGCUCAGUGAGUCUGAGGAGGAAGAGAUUAUUACUGUAGUUCUUGAAGAAGCCAAAGAGAAGUGGGAUUGUGAAUCCAUUUGUAGUACAUACUCCAAUUUAUACAACCAUCCGCAGCUUAUCAAGUAUCAACCGAAGCCCAAACAAAUUCGAAUAUCUUCUAAAACAGGAAUACCUCUCAGUGUCUUACCUAAGAAAGGACUCACAGCAAAGCAAGUCGAACGAAUGCAGAUGAUUAAUGCCAGCGAUCUACCUAAGGUAUCAACUCAGCCGCGUUCUAAAGGUGAAAGCAAAGAAGAUAAAAGAGCAAGAAAGCAAGCUAUAAAAGAAGAGCGCAAGGAACGAAGAGUGGAGAAGAAAGCUAACAAAUUAGCAUUCAAAUUGGAGAAAAGAAGGCAGGAAAAAGAGC